AUGGGAAUACCUGAUAUUACGAUACUGGGUUUGAUUGAGAAGGUUAGAUCUUGGAUUUCUUGGGGAAAGAGUGGUCCAACUUCCAUAUCCGGUGGACUUCAGAUGACUGGUAAGAGUUGCAAAAUUUGUUACCAGUGUGAUAGCGAUAUAUCAGAAUUUUCCCUCAAGUACCACUGUCAAAGCUGCGGAAGGGUAUUGUGUGGGAACUGUGUGCAUGAACUUGCAUCCGGACAUUUGAGAGAAACAAAGGAGAGAGUGUUUGACAUCAAGUUUUGCAAGUUUUGUUUAGAACUUGGUCCCUGGAGCAACUGUGCAAGAAUGUAUAGUGGCAAGGUUUAUCCUUCUGAAUCUCCAAGACAAAGCCCAGAAUCACCAUCACCAAGUUUUUGUGGUGAGAGAUUUGAUGAUCAUUCCCCCAACGCUCUGGCUAAAAAUAUCAACACAUCAUUUUCGAAUCAUCCAUCUCCAGUGUCUGAUCCUCGUUCGCCAAGGAGCGAUGAAGAUGAGGGCGAUGAUUCCACAAGUUGCUUUUUCAGCACAUCGAGUGAAUGCUUACAUUAUAAUUCUGAUGUAGAUUUAAGUAGUGUUAGUUCUAGGCAUGGAAAUUAUAGUUUUUUGUCUGUUGGAUCAAGCCCUUCAGACAGCCCCUCCAGGGUCCAUAUUACUUCCAAUAGUGUUGGGCAUCAUGUACAGCAAGAGCAAGGUGGAACAGCUAGAUCUCAGAAUGAUGGUCCCUAUGAUCAAGAGUCUAUGGCUGUUUUAAAGGGGACAGGGGAUCCUGAAAAUGUCCAUCAUCUGUCGAUAUUCCAGAAUAAGCGUGAAAAGCCAUUGAAUUUUGAAGCCAAUCGUCUCAUCUGGUUACCUCCACCACCAGAUGAUGUAUCUAGUGAGGCAGAAAAUAAUUUUUUUACUUAUGACGAUGAGGAUGAUGAAGUUGGGGAGUUAGGUGCAAUGUUUUCCACUACUGAUAGUCUAGAUAGCAUGUUUUUGACAAAGGAAAAGCUAAAUCAUGUUCACAAAGAGCCCUUGAAAGCUGCGGUGCAGGGGUACUUUAGGUCUCUUGUGUCGCAGCUGUUGCAUGUGGAUGGUAUAAUGGCUUCCAAAGAGCACUAUGCUGAGGACUGGCUUGAUGUAAUUGUGGAAAUAGCAUGGCAAGCUGCAAACUUUGUGAAACCAGAUACUAGUAGAGGAGGCAGCAUGGAUCCCUGUGACUAUGUUAAGGUUAAAUGCGUAGCUUCAGGAAGUCCUAGAGAGAGCAUGUUUAUUAAAGGGGUAGUUUGUUCCAAGAAUAUAAAACACAAGCGCAUGACAUCACAAUACAAGAACCCUAGACUACUACUCUUAGGAGGAGCUCUUGAGUACCAAAGAGUUCCCAAUCAGCUUGCAUCUUUUGAUACAUUACUGCAACAGGAAAAUGAUCAUCUAAAGAUGAUUGUUUCAAAGAUAGAGGUCCAUCGUCCAAAUGUGCUGCUUGUGGAGAAAAGUGUGUCUUCAUUUGCUCAAGAACAUCUGCUAGCAAAGGAGAUCUCUUUAGUUUUAAAUGUUAAAAGACCUCUGUUGGAGUGGAUUGCAAGAUGUACUGGUGCUACUUUAACUCCGUCAAUUGAUCAUUUAUCCACGACGCAGUUGGGACACUGUGAACUUUUCCAUUUGGAGAAAGUUUCAGAAGACCAUGAACCGCUGAAUCAGUUCAACAAAAAACCCUCAAAAACCUUAAUGUUUUUUGAGGGAUGUCCCAGGCGGUUAGGUUGCACGGUUGUACUGAAGGGAUCAUGUCGUGAAGAACUUAAGAAGGUGAAAAGUGUAGUACAGUAUGCUGUCUUUGCGGCAUAUCAUUUAUCACUUGAGACCUCUUUUCUUGCUGAUGAGGGUGCUAGUCUUCCUAAAAUGGCAGUAAAACCUUCAUCCUCGAUGAGUCCUAAUAAUUCUCUCUCUGUGAUCCCUAUUUCUACUGUUCCUUCCAGUUGCCCUGAAGAGCUUGAUGUCCCUAGCAUUGAUGUAGGACCUGCAGAAUUCCAUUUGGAGCUUGGUCUACAUGAGUCACUGUCUGAACUUGGUCAUGCUAGUUAUGAUGAUGACUGUAUGACCGAUGAGUACAGAUUUGUAAAUGCACUCUCUGAUGCAUGUGAUGAUAAUUUGGCUGGCUUUGGAAAUUAUGCACAGACAGGAUUGCUAAGUCAAGAAGAGGGCCAAUCAGGUGAAGUUUCUGAACUUGCUGAACUUGAGAGGGUUGAUGGGAUUGAUGACUCAAGUGAAUAUUAUUCUGCUAAUGAUGUUCACCAGAGCAUAUUAGUUUCUUUUUCUAGUCGUCAUGUGCUAAAUGGAACUGUAUGUGAACGUUCUCGACUCCUGCGUAUCAAAUUCUACGGUCCUGCUGAUAAACCGUUGGGGAGGUAUCUUCAGGAUGAUCUAUUUGAUCAGUCGUCUUGCUGUAGAUCAUGCAAGGAGCCAGCUGAAGCCCAUGUCAUGUGCUAUACACAUCCGCAUGGGAAUCUUACAGUAAAUGUCAGACACGUCCCCUCAGUGAAUCUUCCUGGGGAGCGAGAUGGAAAGAUAUGGAUGUGGCACAGAUGCCUCAGGUGUGCACAUAUUGACGGAGUUCCACCAGCCACUCGAAAGGUGGUGAUGUCUAAUGCUGCCUGGGGACUUUCUUUUGGAAAAUUUCUCGAGCUUAGUUUUUCUAACAAUGCAACUGCUAACCGUGUUGCAACCUGUGGUCACUCUCUGCAAAAGGACUGCCUCAGGUUUUAUGGGUUUGGGAGUAUUGUUGUUUUUUUCCAAUAUUCUCCUGUUGAUAUUCUCUCUGUCUAUUUGCCGCCAUCAAUUCUCGAAUUCAGUGGCCAUGGUGAACAGACCUGGGUCCGAAAAGAAGCAUCUGAGCUUUUGAGCAAAGCCAAAGCCUUGUAUGCAGAGAUAUCAGUUGUUCUUCAUCAAAUUGAACAGAAAAUCUCAUCUAACACAAAUGAGUUCUCCAAGGCGAGUGAGUUGCAUUGUCACAUCUUGGUGUUAAAGAACAUGCAUGCAACAGAGUUGAAUCGUUACAAAGAUUCGCUUCUAUUAGUCGAUGAAGAGAAUUUAGACCUAUGUCAUGUAACUGUUGACAUUCUUGAAGUUAAUCGAUUGAGACAUUCACUUCUGAUGGCUUCACAAUUUUGGGAUCUCCGGCUAUAUCUGUUGGACUCUCUCCUUAAUAGGAGCUCCAGUCCCACUGCUCAGAAUGAUGAUGCAGCUCAUGGUGGCUUGAAAGAAUUUGAUGCAUAUUUGGCAGAUAGCAGUAUUGAGUUAGGUCAUGAAGAUAUUGCCCUCGAGUAUUUAAAAUUAGAUGAAUGCCCAAAAAAGCCUGUAUUGUCCAAAGAAGAGCCCAAUUUUUUGCUGUUAGAGUCUAGUUUGCUGGAAAAAUCUAUAUCAAGCAAAUUUGACCAGAAUGCGGAUGAUAGAAUGCAAGCAGACGAGGAGAAUGCAGUCAACAAUACAUCACUAGAACGCCUCCAAUCAGCUGGGUCCAUUCUUUCAGAUAAGAUAGAUUCUGCAUGGACAGGCACAGAUCAGCCUCCAAUAAAAGCUCUGUUGCUUGAAUCACUUAAAACUGACGAACCUUUAUCCACGGUAUCCGAGCUAUUAAAUCGAAAAGAAAAUCCAUCUUUUAAAAGACUGAUGUCACCCACCAGAGUAUACUCCUUUGAUUCUGCUCAGAGACUUCAAGAAAGAAUCAGUAAAGGACUGCCACCCUCUACAUUGCAUUUGUCUAGUCUCAGAUCUUUCCAUGCUUCUGGAGAUUAUAAAUUUAUGGUCAGAGAUCCUGUUCCAAAUGUACGAAGGACUUAUUCUCAAAUAUUGCCUCAAGAAGCUAAGUUAAAUCUUUCGAAGGGUCUGAUACCUUCUUUUAUCUCUUCUAUUUCUCUUUUGCCUGAAGGAGCAAGAUUGAUGAUCCCACAAAAUGUUCAAAAUGAAGUUGUUAUUGCUGUUUAUGAUAAUGAACCGACAAGCAUAAUAUCAUACGUUCUUAGCUGCAAGGAGUAUGAAGAAUGGGUUACUGAUAAGCCAAAUAGGCUUGAAGGAGGAUCAAAUAUAAGUCGAACUAAAAGGGUGAAUGCUUUAGCUUCUGACCUUUCUACUUGGCAGUCCUUUUGUUCGCUGGACUUGAAUUACAUUAACUAUGGAAGUUAUGCCUCUGGAGAUGCUUUGGCUACCGAGAGUUCUCUAUUCACAGACUCCAAGAGUUCUCCUCAUCUAAGAAUUUCUUUCGAAGAGGAGUCUUCAAGCGCUGGUGGAAAGUUGAAGUUUUCUGUUGUAUGUUACUUUGCAAAACAAUUUGAUGCGCUUUGGAAGAGAUGUUGUCCCAGCAAAGUGGAUUUUGUACGUUCCUUAAGCCGCUGCAGGAGAUGGAGUGCUCAGGGGGGAAAGAGUAAUGUUUAUUUUGCAAAGUCAUUUGAUGAGCGAUUCAUUAUCAAACAAGUAACAAAGACUGAGUUGGAAUCCUUCGAAACAUUUGCACCUAAGUAUUUUAAAUAUUUAACGGAUUCUCUCAGAUCAGGAAGUCCAAGUUGCCUCGCCAAAGUUCUUGGUAUUUAUCAGGUCAUCAUCAAAUAUCCAAAAAGCAGCAAGGAAACAAAAAUGGAUUUGAUGGUUAUGGAGAAUCUCUUCUUUAAAAGAAGUAUCUCAAGGGUGUAUGAUCUCAAGGGCUCUGCACGAUCUCGUUAUAAUUCAGAUGCAAAGGGAACAAAUAAAGUAUUAUUAGAUACGAAUCUUUUAGAAACACUCUGUACAAAACCUAUAUUCCUCGGAAGCAAAGCAAAACGGAGCCUGGAAAGAGCUGUUUGGAAUGAUACAUUCUUUUUAGCGUCUGUUGAUGUGAUGGACUACUCUCUGUUGGUUGGGGUGGAUGAAGAGCGCAAAGAGCUGGUUAUAGGAAUAAUCGAUUUCAUGAGACAAUAUACUUGGGACAAGCAGUUGGAGACAUGGGUAAAGGCAUCCGGCCUACUCGGUGGACCAAAGCACGCGUCUCCAACCAUUAUAUCGCCAAAACAAUACAAGAAAAGAUUCAGAAAAGCAAUGACAACCUACUUUCUUACAGUCCCGGAUCAAUGGUCGUCAUAA